UUAGCUGUGUGACUGAUUACAGGCAAGUUCUUGUGCCCUGGUUUCUGCAUCAGAAAAUGAGCUUCUAACAGUACUUGUCUCACAGUUUUAGGAGAAUUAAAUGAGUUAUAUGUAAAGCAAUUAAAACAGCUCCUGACAAAGAGUAAACACCAUAUAAAUAUUCAUUAAAUAACAUACAAACAUGCCAGGUUGGGAAAAUCAGUAAGCAAAGGAGUCAGGAAUUUCCAAGUUGGUUAUCACGACUCUUGGCCCACAGGGCUUUAAUCCAGGUGCCCUUGUCUCCUACCCUUGCUGCCAUCCCAGUGUCUCCAGGGAGUAAGUAGAAAUAAAGAUCUGAUCUCAUCUCUUGGGCAUUUUCCCCUCCCCUGAAAGCCCAUAAUCCCUUAGCACAGUCAAUGCUUAAGGCGCCAGGCUCCAAAGAAGAUUAAAGGAACAGUUUGUGGGAUGCACUGGGCAGGAGUACCCUCCUCUGAGUUCAAUCAUCUUGCACUCUAAGAAUCACCACCAUGGCCCUCGUGCCAGGGAGAAGCAAGGAGGAUGGGCUUUGGACUACAAAUAGCCCAGGCUCCUCCCAGCAUCCAGAAAGUCCCAGGCCGCCCAACACUCUCUGGGACAUAGAAGAUAUUGGCAAGGUUGAAGGUCACUGGCAUAUUCAGGAUACUUCCCCACCCCGUGUCUGGCAGCUGGCUUACCUUCCAGUUUGGCCGAACCUCCUUGCUGUCCCUGUUCAGGAUUUCUCUCAAAAGUCCCAUCUGCUGUCUAUUGUGGUGGAAGCCUCUGAGAUGAAUGAAGACAGUGGGGAUCUCCAUUGGCCCCAUGAGGAGCUGCUGCUGCUCACUGAUGGUGAGGAAGAGGAUGCUGAGGCCUUCCUCUAAGACCAAAGUGAAGAGCCAGGCUGGGCUUGGAGCCCACAGAACACCUAAUGCUGGACUUAGCUGGGGGCAGACCAGGAUGAUGAAGAUGCUUGUUGGAUUCUUGAGGACAUAAAGUGUCUGGAAGACCACUGUCCCUUCUGGGACUCAGCAACAGGCUCCUGUGUUUGUUGAAGUGGCUUUGUGGAAUAUUUUUGUCUCCUGCCUCCUAAUAGCUUUGAGAGUAAGUAUUGUUCCCUCCCUCUCAAACAUCUCAUCCAGGUUUAUGAAGCUCCUUAUACCCAUCCUCUCACAAUCUCCUUUUACAGGUGA